AUGUCUGUGUCAAGGCUGGCUUGGUUGCUUGGCUGUGUCCCGGCCACCGCGUGGAGAGCGGCUCGAUCACCCCUUUUAUGUCAUUCUGUGAGGAAAAUGAGUUCUCUAGGAGAAAAAUCCAAACCCAUCAAACAAUCUCUUAAGAAGCCAAAGUUACCAGAAGGUCGUUUUGAUGCACCCGAAGAUUCUAAUUUAGAGAAAGAACCACUGACAAAAUUUCCAGAUGAUAUUAAUCCUGUUACCAAAGAAAAAGGUGGACCUAGAGGCCCAGAACCUACCCGAUAUACAGAUUGGGAACGAAAAGGACGGUGUAUUGAUUUUUAA